UCCGUAUUGCAAAGCAUUUUGGUACUUGUGUACACUUCCAAAUCAUUCUUCCACAUAACUAGCUAGUUUGUAGUUUUAGACCCAUGAGCAGUUAUUUUGUGUCGUUUCCUCAAAUUAUAUCGAUAGUGUUCCAGUGGUUUAUGAACAACGCUGAAAUUACACAAACAUCGGUAUGGCGGAGGGUGCCAGCGGUAACGCGGUGAAUCUUCCUCCCGGAGAUCCUCAGCUAAUCGGUCUCAUCGUGGAACAUCUCAAGAACCGAGGCUUGUUCGACGAGUUCCGCAGAGAUUGCCUGGCAGAUGUGGAUACAAAGCCUGCCUACCAGAAUCUGCGACAAAAAGUUGACAACUUUGUAUCCACUCAUUUGAGCACUCAAGAAUGGAACCCAUCAAUCAACAAAAAUCAAGUGCGAAAUGGGCUAAGACAAAGCGUCGUGCAGUCAGGCAUGCUGGAGUCUGGAGUGGACAGAAUCAUCACCCAGGUGGUGGAUCCCAAAUUGAACCACACUUUCAGGCCCCACAUUGAGGAUGCCAUUCAUGACUUCCUGUCUGCUGAGAAGGAGGAGGGUCCAUCCAACACUCAAUCAGAGACUGAGCAACAAGAGGCUCCAAGCCACACUGGACCCAAAACGCCAUGAGGUACAGAGAAAUGUUUUCUGCUGAAGGUAGAUAUUUUUAGCGCUCCAUCAGGCUGGAUGGACAAGGACCUACUGUCAUGGAGCAAGAGGUUUGCACAACUCUUACUUCAUGUGGAGAAACCAAGCCGUGGAUGUUAGCUGUCAUUGCUAACAGCUACCAAAUAAUGCCCAUAACAAGUCAAAGGGGAAUUGUGCAAAUGACACUGGUAUUUUAUUUUUCCUUUAUUUAACCAGGCAAGUCAGUUAAGAACAAAUUCUUAUUUUCAUUGACGGCCUAGGAACAGUGGGUUAACUGCCUGUUCAGUGGCAGAACGACAGAUUUGUACCUUGUCGGC